GCCGCGAUCUCCCCGGGCGGAGCUCCCCGGGCGGCCAGCAGCGCGCACGGCGAGGAGCCCUUCCACCGCCGCCGCCGCCGAGCGCCCAGGGUGUAUCCUGCCUGCCUUUGACAUGCGCUACCUGACUGAGGAGCCCUUGUGUUAGUUACCCGACAAAGCACCUGCCUCAAGACACAGCAAGGUGGACCCUGACCAAGAGAGUUCCACCAGCAACACUGGAUGAGAUUUCUACCAUUGCCUAGAGCCCACUAACUCUGCUGGCAAUAUGGAUUUUGUGAUGAAGCAGGCUCUAGGAGGGGCCACCAAAGACAUGGGCAAGAUGCUGGGAGGUGAAGAGGAGAAGGAUCCCGAUGCCCAGAAGAAGGAAGAAGAACGACAGGAAGCCCUGCGUCAGCAAGAGGAAGAGCGCAAGGCCAAGCAUGCCCGCAUGGAGGCAGAGCGGGAGAAGGUCCGGCAGCAAAUCCGCGACAAGUACGGCCUGAAGAAGAAAGAGGAGAAAGAGGCCGAGGAGAAGGCGGCCCUGGAGCAGCCCUGUGAGGGGAGCCUGACGCGCCCUAAGAAAGCCAUCCCGGCAGGCUGCGGGGACGAUGAAGACGAGGAUGAGGAGAGCAUCCUGGACACGGUGCUCAAGUACCUGCCCGGGCCACUGCAGGACAUGUUCAAGAAGUAACCGCCACGCCAGCCGCCCCCUCCAGCUCCGCCCACUG